AUGGCUUCAGGACAUAAUGACCCGAAGCUUCUCUAUGCUAUCAACGGCAUCAAUGCCUUUCACAUCGAAAAUGGCAAGGAGGAGUCUUUCACCCCAUCCGGGCCACAGACUUUAUCCCUCCUAAUGGUUCCCACCUCUUCACCUUUCUCCGACCUCUCAUCCACCGAUCCUCAAUCGCAGGCACCCGAAGAAGACUUCUACCUGCAUCUUCAUCUGCCGCCCGGGUUGGACCUCCCGCUGCCCGCAACAACCCAGAUAUACCACCAGCCACCCAGCAGCUACUUAAUCCCGCGGUGGGACCUGGGCCCAGAUAGCGGCGCCUUUACGAGGAUACAAUUCCCCGGCCUGAACAAUGGCGGUUCCCAGGAGGAUAUCGAUACGUUCGAGACGAUCCUGGCGCAAUGCACCGCAUUUUUGGAACGCGCUCCCCCUCCAAAGAGCGCCCGGCCUCGCAAAGCCAAACCCGAGAAGGAGAAGGAGAAGGACAUGGCGAUUCCGGCGUACGAUCCUUCGAGCUUCAAGCCCGGAGAGGCAUACGUGCCCGGAAGCGCGAGCUCGCAAGUAGGAGGGCAAAUCGUCCUGAUCGAUGAGGAUGACGGAAGCGUGAUUGGCGAACUUGGUGAAGGCUUCAAGGUAGUCGAGGAUGGUAAGAUGAAGCAAGGAUCGAAAGAUCCAGUCGAAAUCACCCUCCCCCAAGAUGGCUCGCAAAACAUCGGCGUAUCCCCAGCCUCUACAGAAUACCUAGAAAUGGCCAUGCACCCCGCCUACAAAGGCUCGACGCUCGUCUCCAAAGCAGCCAUGGCCUCCCGCCUCAUCGUCACCACCUCGGGCUACGUAUCCAAGACCCUGCAAAUCCACGCCGACAACUUCACCCAGAAGACGAAGCCCAAUUCCAAGCCCAUGACAUUCACCCCCGCCACGCACAGCAGGAUCCGAAAAGUCCACACCUUCACCGAAGGCGCCGCGGGCCUGAGCGCCAAAACCGUCGGCCAGGUAGGCAAAUACGCGCAGAACCUCGGCGCGAGCCUCACGAAGCGCGGGAAUGAACAUGGAAGCAAGGGCAUCGGACCUGAUGGUAAGCCAGCGGAAGGCUAUAAGCCCGGGCUUCUAAAUAAGAGCUUAAUGGCGUUCUCCACCAUCGCGGAUGGAAUCGACCAAGCGGGCCGUAACCUCCUCGCGUCGAGCUCCACGGCCGCAACAACAGUCGUGGGACACAAGUACGGCCCCGAAGCUGGAAACAUCUCCCGCAACAUCGGGGGCGGGUUCAAGAACGUAGGGCUGGUGUACAUCGACGCUACGGGCGUGUCUCGGAAAGCUAUCAUAAAAUCCGUGGCUAAGGGCAUGGUCGUCGGCAAGGUGCGAGGCGGAGGGGAUCUCAUCGUCGGUGGCGGCGACGGCGGGACCAUGAUCGGGCCCAAUGGCAACUCGUCCUCCUCGUCUUCCAUACACAGCCAGCAUUGGAAGGAGAAGGAGGCUUCUCAGGGGAGGUACACCGAUGAUCACAGCAUGAGUGGUGGCCGUGAUUCUCCCGAGGUCGUCGGGUUUGGAAGAGCGGCGCCGCCGCCGGCGUAUAGUGGUGGGCCUGGAGAGGGCAUUGAAGGGCAGAGGGUUGGGGAUGUGAAGCGCUGA